AGCAAAGGGGAGGGGGUUGGGGGCUGUGGGGGCUCUGCUAUGCCCCCAUCACCCCAAACAGCUGGGGGGGGUGUCUUGGCACCCCCAGAGCAGCUUCAGCUCUUCACCAGGCAGCACCCAAAUCCUGAAUUCAGAGCCCAGAUCCUGAACCCAGAACUCAAAUCCUGAAUCCAGAGCUCAAAUACUGAAUCCAGAACCCAAAUGCUGAAUCCAGAACCCAGGUCUUGAACCCAGCACCCAGAUCCUGAACCAAGAACUCAAAUCCUGAUACCAGAACUCAAAUACUGAAUCCAGAACCCAAAUGCUGAAUCCAGAACCCAGGUCUUGAACCCAGCACCCAGAUCCUGAACCAAGAACUCAAAUCCUGAUACCAGAACUCAAAUACUGAAUCCAGAACCCAAAUGCUUAAUCCAGCAUCCAGAUCCUGAACCCAGCACCCAGAUCCUGAACCCAGCACCCAAAUCCUGAACCCAGCACCAAUUUCCUGAACCCAGCACCCAUUUCCUGCCCGCAAAUCCUGACUCAGGUCCCCCUCUCCAGCUCAUUUUUCCCCCAGCUCUCCUCCUCGGGGAUGCUCCAGGUGAAAACAACAGCAUGGAGGGACGAGCUCCUGUCCCCGCGGCCCCGCCCGGAUCGCGGGGCAGAGGUGGCCCAGCCGCGGUGGCGGCGCUGCCCGCGGGGACCGAGGCAGUCGUGGGGACCUAGGCACUCGUGGGGACCGGGGCACCCGCGGGGACCGAGGCACUCGUGGGGACCGGGGCACUCGUGGGGACCGAGGCACCCGCGGGGACCGAGGCACUCGUGGGGACCGGGGCACUCGUGGGGACCGGGGCACUCGUGGGACCGAGGCACUCGUGGGGACCGGGGCACCCGUGGGGACCGGGGCACUCGUGGGACCGAGGCAGCCGCGCUCCCUCCUGGCCACGGCCCUGGAUAAACAAGCCCGGCCCGCACCCGUCAGACCAGUUCCCGGCCCCGGGAGCGCUCACCCGGCACGGGGCACGGCCGCCCCUCCAAGGGACACCCACCCAUCCGCACGGGGGGCACCCCCAGGGGGAUUCUGGGGUCCCCCCCCGGGUAUUCCCGGCUGUGGGGGCCCCGCAGAUGCGGGGAGGGCACCCAAAGCAGCGUCUGCAGGGAUCCUCGCGGGCUCUGCGGGCUCCGGGUGGGGGAGGUUGGGGCAAUCCCACGGCAGGGGGACGGUCCGGAUGGAUUUCCAAUUAAGGAGUUAGUUAGUACAGGAGUUAAUUAGUGCAGGAUCCUCGAGGCCGAGCCUCCACCUGCUCCCGGCACUUUGCAACGGCUCAGGAGGAAUUCGAGGAGCCACGGGCUGCUCUGGGAAUGCUGCAGGUCCUGGGGGACGUGUGUCACCUGGCCACGGUGUCACCCAGGCUGGGACAGCGCUCCUGAGCUGGCCACAGUGUCCCCAAGGCAGGGACACGGUGACUCAGGCGCUCUGCAAACUCUGCCGAGCCCCGUGACGGCCGCGAGGAGCAGGAACCGCGCCGAGCAAAUGUUUGUGGACGGGAGCCGGGAGGCGGCCGGGGCACGGGGCUGCACCGGGGACACGGAGGUGCCACCCCCUGGGAGCCACAGGUCCCUGUCACCCGUGGGAGCAGGAUGUCCCUGUCACCCGUGGGAGCCACAGGUCCCUGUCACCCGUGGGAGCAGGAGGUCUGUGUCACCCCAUGGUGUCCCUGUCACCUCCUGGGUGCAGCAGGUUCGUGCCACCCCGUGGGUCCAGGUGCCACCCUGGGUGUCCCCAAAGGGCCUCUGCUGUCCCCCGGCAGCAAGCUCUGUCCUUGGGGCACAGAGCCAGGCUCCAAGGACACCGAAAGAGACACAAAAACCCCGCUCAAGGAUCAGAUUCCUCCUUCCCGGGGUUCCUCGCUGCCAGGACGGCUCUGGAAUCACCCAAACCCCACCGCUGUCCCCAAACCCCCUCCCCGGAGCAUCCACCCCGGGUCAGGACCUGCAGGACGCCCCCCACCCCCCCCUCGUGUCACGGCGUGGCUCCAAGCAGCUUCCUAAGGAGUUGCCUUUUCCAUCUUCCUGCCCACGGGACACGCCGGGAUCCUGCCUUUCUCCAGGAUUCCGGCAGCGCCGGGCGCCCGGCCAAGGCCGCCAGCGGCCGUUCCGCGCUCGCGGCCGCUUUUGUUUGGGAUCCCGAGGAAAACAAGCGCGGCUAUUUCGGGCCUCACGGCUCCGGAGAAAGUCCUCGCCCAUCCGCAGCUCCGCAGCCUCCGCCGGCCGGGGCUCGGCAUCCCCCGGGACGGGGCUGGGCAUCCCCCGGGAUGGGGCUGGACGUCCCCCGGGAUGGGGCUCAGUGACCCCCCGGGACAGGGCUGGGCAUCCCCCGGGAUGGGGCUGGGCAUCCCCCGGGACGGGGCUGGGCAUCCCCCGGGAUGGGGCUGGACGUCCCCCGGGAUGGGGCCGGGAGUCCCCCGGGAAGGGGCUCGGCAUCCCCCGGGACGGGGUCAGGAACCUGCUCUGGCUCUGCUGUCCUCGCCAGGGACGCGGCGGGGGCUGGCACAGUGGCACUUGUCACUGGCACAGUGGCACUCGUCCCCUUGGAACGGAUGAGGACGGAGCCACCGCUGUCCUUUGGGGCCGGGAGGGAUUUGCUGGCGCUGGGAUCAGAUUCCAAGGGGGAUGAGACAGAGCCAGGACGCCGGGAGGAGUUUCCAGCGAUGGGGACAAGGGACCUGCGUGGCUCCUGAGGCAUUUCCCUGCCUCUCACCUGCCUCAGGAAUGGCUGUGCUGGGACAAAAUCCCCCUUUCCCUGGUGGCAUCAGCUCCUUUCCCCUCGAUCCCCAGGUGUCCCCUGCAGAGGGGACACUCCUGCUGUGCCACCGCUGCCAGGCUGGUGGGAUUGAUCCCAGUUCAUCCCAGGAAUGCUCCAGGCCUGCUCCUCCCCCAGUUUCCCAGGCUUAGUGCCCCUCAAAAGCCCUCCCCAAAGACCGUUCCUAAAAGUUCUGGAGGGAAAAAUAAAUCGGGAAGAAAGGGGAAAAACGAGGAAAACUUAUCUGGGAGAGAGUCCCUGUGCUCCGUGGAAAUGCCCCAGGAGGAGUUGUCCCCUAAAAUAAUUCCACUUUUUUCUUGAAAAGUGUCCCAGGCCAAGCAGUGAGGGAAGGGGAAGGACUCAAAGCUCCGGAAGAUCUGCCAGGGCUCCAGGGUCACCUCCCCGCCCAGAGGGGACAAGGAGGGGCCGAGAGCAGGGCCCGGGAGACCCCCGGGACCCCCCCCCAGCUCCCGGGGCCAGCGCAGAGCCGGGCGGGGAGGUGGCGAUGCCAGGGGACAAAUCCCUGCUGCGGGAACGGGGUGGGGGGAGCCGGGGAACGCUGUGUGCCCCCGGAAUGUCCCCCCGGGAAUGGCCCCCCGGAAUGUCCCCCCGGAAUGUCCCCCCGGGAAUGUCCUUCCUGCUGGGAUGCGCCGCCGGGCACCUGGCACCGGGAUCGCUUCACGCCUGGCCGCCCGUUCCACUGCGCUCCGCCCGGAGCAGCCUGCGCAGCUCACCUGCAGCCUCACCUGGCCCCUUGUGCCCUCACCUGGCCCCCCCUUGUGCCCUCACCUG